AUGGAAGGCGAUACGACUAAAACACCUUACAACACGAUCUAUGCGACAUUGAAGAACAAAAAGACGGAUGGAGAAGUGUUGUGUUGUGUUCACGGAAGCAAGUGUGUCUACAACAAGCAACACGAUGGGAAAUCCAACGAAAACCAAUAUGUCAAUUUGGGAUCUCCCAAAAAGGAAGAGCAAGUCGCUUCGAAAUUAACUGAGAAGCUGAAGAAAUUGGUUGAAAUCGAGGAGAAGAAAUCGGAGACACGUAGCAAACCAGAGUUGAUGAGUUUGCAUAACUUCAUGACUUUUGAUGAGAAACCGAAGAAGGCGAAAAGUGAGAAGAGAAAGAAGAAGAUUCCAUCUUUUGUGAAUGAUUCUGAAUCCUACAUCAUGCUUGGUCCAAAGAGUGAAGAGCAAAUUGCACCAGCAAUUUCUGCGAACCAAUCUUCAACCGCUCCCCCACCGCAAUCAAACGAUAUUUCGAUCAUCGAACAAUCGAACAACACUUUCAAAAUCGGUGAAGCUUCUUCUGCUUACAUCGGUGUUCUUACACUCACUGAAGCGGAGAAUCGUCUGACCAAUCGUGGAGAAUUCGCUCUCUACCACCUGUCAAACCCAGAUGGCCGUCUCGAUACUCUCACUGAAAAGCUUCCAUUGAUACUCGUUUACCGUACUACCACCAAAAAGAAUCGUCACUAUUCGAUUCGUACAACUUUGGAUCAACACUUUUUCGUUGAUUGUGGAUAUCCAAAUGUUCGCAAACAUUAUUCUCUCAAUCAGUUGGUCAUGUUCUACAAGACUUCUGCCACGUGCGAAAUCAAUCCGGAUGACACUUCUGCUGAUUCAUUCUCCUGGUGGCUCGAGUAG